GUUCCAUGACGUUUAAUCUUGACUUUCGACAAAAGUUCGAUAGUCAUGAUCCUGCCGGUCUCGGCUUCUCCAUCCCUCCCGCCUUCAUAUCCGAAGCUUUACUUGAAAGCCAGAAUGCUAUGAAUUCAAACGAACAAUCUACAGCCAUGAAACUUGAUAUAGUUCGGUCGUCUUCACGAGAAAUUUGGGAAAACGCUAUAAACACUUUACUAACUGCGCUCGAGAACAUUUUGCUAGACAAUAAUGGCAUGCCGAUAAAACUUGAGAGUUCUGAAGCCGAACGAAGAUUGAAAAAAUUGUAUGCAUCUGAGCCUAUGAUGUUAGAAGAAUUUGAAGAUUCUUUCGGCAGUUUAUCACCUCUUAAGCGAAAACGCGACGAUGAUAAUCAACGUAAAUACAAGUGUCAAAAAAUCUCAAAGUCAUUAUCUUCAAGACUUGCGAGAAGCCUUUCAUUUUCAGAAGACGAAACAAAUGACGACGAUGAUGCUGGAUUAUCGAAUACACAGGCUUCCUUGAGUACUUAUGGAACAACACGUUCAUCGUUUAGUUUACCUCCUCAACGUAAUAUCAAAAAUUUUACCAGUCGAUUCUUUGACAGCAAACGUGCUAAGAAAUGCGUCACAUCAUUUAACAAUACUUUUGAUAUGGAUAUGAUGGUUGAUAAUAAUUCUGGUGAAUUUGUUGAUAAAGAUACAAAGCUAAUCCACGAACCUGCUAGGGUACAAUCAUUGCGUCGUGUAUUAUCAAAUCCUGAUGAUAAUUAUUGUAAUUGGAAUGUUACGAUGACGAAUUGGAUUGAAUUGCAAGCACAAAAAAGAAAUAUGUCCUUGCGAGAGUUUCAAUCCCAGUUUCAGGAACGAAUUUGUGAUAUGGAAUCAACACUUAAAAUUCUUCAUAAUUCAAUUCCUCAAGCUUUUGAUGGUAUUACAUCCUUAAUUGACAGAUUUUUGAGUAAUGCCGAAUGGCUGAGAUGCGACUAUUGUAAACCAUUCAUAGUAAGUCAAAACCUUAGAACAUUCUGUAAGCAAAGUUGUACGCUUUCCAACAUAGCUUGGUUGAUCAGCCCAACUAAUGCCCGUAAAAAUGAGCAAAUUUUCCCUCAAUGGCAUACUUUGGGAAAGAAUGUGGAGAACAUUGUUCAAUAUGUCGAAAUCGUUGAAGACAUGAAAGCAACUGUUAAUUCUGAAUACCCUCAAAACAAGGAUAUUGGGUGUAGCUUACAAAGAGUUCUAGAAGUUUUGGAAUUCAAGAAAUCUUUAUAUGGUGAAGUUUUGCAACAGUCGGGACUAUCAUGGAAAGCCCUGGGAUUUCCCGUUGAGGAUAAUUGGUUUCACGCGAUGAGACAGUGGCUUUUUGGUUUGGCUUUUAAUUGCUCCGCAAUUAUGAUUAAUGAAAUGAAUAAAUAUGACCACUCAAACGCUGAUGACAUAAGAACUACAAAG